AUGGCUUCCCUCGGCCCCAACGCCUUGCAAAAGACGUCCCGCACCAAAGACAUCCACACUGACUCCCGCAAGGUCCUCUUCCUCCCCGAGGCCGCAGACUACAUCGCCUCAAGCCCCCAGGAAUCACUCUCCCUCGCCCAGCCCGAGUCCACAUCCCCCUUCGUCCUCGGCCUCCAAGAAGCGGCAAAGAAGCACUCGCUCGCCGUCAACGUCGGCAUCCACGUCCCGGCCCCGCCCUCGCCAACCUCCCCCGGCGGCGGGCCCCGACUCCUCAACCGCAGCCUCUGGAUCGACGCAGACGGCUCCGUCAACGCCGCCACGACCUACGACAAGCUCCACCUCUUCGACUACGGCGCCCUCCGCGAGUCCGCCACCGUCCAGGCCGGCCCCGCCCUGACGGCCCCGUUCCCCACCGCCGUCGGCCGCGUCGGCUCCCUCAUCUGCUUCGACCUCCGCUUCCCGGAGCCCGCCCUCGCCCUCACCCACCCGGCGCCCCGCAGCCCCUUCCUGCCCGAGAACGGCGGCGCCGGCGUCGCCCAGGUCCUGCUGUACCCGUCCGCCUUCACGCUCAAGACGGGCGCCGCGCACUGGGAGACGCUGCUGCGCGCGCGCGCCAUCGAGACGCAGAGCUGGGUCGUCGCCGCGGCGCAGGUCGGCGCGCACAACGCGAAGCGCAGCAGCUACGGCCACAGCAUGGUCGUCGAUCCCUGGGGUGCCGUCAGGCUGGAGCUCGGCGGUGUGGACGCCGACGGCAGGGCCGAGGAGGGCGCCGAGGGGGCCAUUGGCUUCGUCGACGUGGAUUUGGAUGAGUGGACGAGGAUCCGCGAGGUUAUGCCGUUGGUCAGACGCACGUGA